AUGAAGUUGGAUGAUGCAUUGUGGGCAUACCGCAUUGCAUAUAAAACCCCCAUUGGAACAACUCCCGUCCGUCUGGUUUAUGGAAAAUCCUGCCACCUCCCCGUCGAACUUGAACACAAGGCCUAUUGGGCAAUCCAGACCAUAAAUUUUAACCUAAAGACUUCUGGUGAAAAAAGGCUUCUACAGCUCAAUGAACUAGAAGAAAUCAGGCAGGAUGCCUAUGAGAAUGCUAGGAUCUUAAAGGACAAGACCAAAAGAUGGAACGACAGACGCAUAUCAAGGAAAGAAAUAAAAGAAGGAGAUCUUAUCUUGCUAUUCAAUUCAAGAUUAAAAAUCUUUUCAGGGAAGUUGAGGUCACGAUGGUCUGGACCCUUUAAGGUAACUCAAGUCUUCCCACAUGGAGCAGCAGAAGUAUGGAGCGAAACCUUCGGUGCCUUCAAGGUCAAUGGGCAGAGAUUGAAGCCAUACUUCCCAGGGGAUAAAAGUGAAAAAGUAUUCAUCCAAUCCUACAGCACCCCUCCACCUUAA